AUGGCUUUGGCUUGCUGCGCUGUACGCAGGUCAGCAUCUAAGUUUGCUUCCGUGUGUGGUGGUCGAGUCGGAGUAUUCUCCACCGUUGUGAACCGUCCGUCACUAGCUCUCAACCCGACAUCGCUGCGUCCCUUCGCCUCUAGUAGCUUUUAUUACCCGAUGGUUGUUGAUCAGCUGAGCUCCGAGCAAACGCUUAUCCGGGAGAUUGACUCCCAGAUCAAUUUUGCUUCGCAAAUCAAUGAUAUGGAUGCGACUCCAGGAUUCUUACCUUUCAGAAUUGAAGAUGAUGGAGGUAAGACUGUGACAUUGACUAGAGACUACAAAGGGGAACACAUUAAAGUUGUAGUAGGCAUGCCUUGUGAAUCUCGUGAUGUUGGUGUUGAUGAUGAUGAUGAUGAUGAUGAUGAUGAUGAUGAUGAUGAUAAUGUAUUUGUGGAUCAUUCGGGGGAUUCUUUGAAAGAUCAACUGCCGAAUACUGAAUGGUCGUCUGAUGAUUUCAAAGACGUGAAUCAUAACGUGGAGAAUGCGUUGUACAAGUAUCUGGAGACUAGAUUGACAAAAGGCACAACGAAUUUUUUGUAUGAGUACAUGACGACGAACAAGCGACGCCACUUGUUUUGGUUGAAGGAUGUCAAGAAGUUUUUGGAUGAUGAAAGUUAA